AUGCUUCUCCCGCGGCUUUCGACGCUGCUGGGCCUUGUCGGUCUAGCAAGCCUGCCAGCUGCCAACGCUUACGAUGGCGACGACAACGUCAAGAGCAUUCCACUUCGAACUCACAGUCUCGCUCCACCAUACCUGGAUUCGGACUUCCAAAGCCGCUGGUUCGAUUUUGGUGGUGAUACUAUAAUUCGCGCCGACAAAUAUGUCCGUCUUACAGCGGACCGGCCGUCACAGCAGGGGUGGAUCUUCUCGCGUGUUCCUCUCACUGCUACCAACUGGGAGAUCGAGGUCGAAUUCAAGAUCCAUGGCAACGGCAACCUACAUGGUGAUGGGUUCGCCAUGUGGUUGACCAAGCAGCGCGCGACGCAGGGCCCCGUCUUCGGAUCGACUGACAACUUCGAGGGUCUCGGCAUCUUCUUCGACACAUACAAGAACAACCGCCCCGGAACCUCGUUCCCUUACGUCAUGGCCAUGAUGGGCGACGGACAGACCACCUACGACCAGGCGCAUGACGGCAAGGCCAACGAGCUGGCCGGUUGCUCUGCCCGUGGCCUCCGAGGCGCCUCCAUCCCGACGAAGGCCCGCCUGACCUACUUCCAAGACAAGACGUUGACGCUGGACCUGCAAUACAAGUCGGAGGACACCUGGAACAACUGCUUCAAGCUCGACGCCUCAGACACCAACAUCGCCAUCCCCUCCGUCGCCUACCUCGGCUUCUCCGCCGAGACCGGCGAGCUGAGCGACAACCACGACAUCAUCUCCGUCAAGUCCAACAACCUGUACGGCGUCGGCGGCGCACGGAGCAGCUCCUCCGACAGCAAGCGCGCCAGCAGUCCCAAGAACGACCGCGCGCGCGUGAAGCGCACCCAGAAGAAGAAGGGCAGCUGGGGCUGGUUCGUGUUCAAGACUCUGCUCUUCUUCAUUGCCGUCGCCGGCGCUUACGUUGGGUACACCGUCUACCGGACCAAGCAGAGGUACUCGCGGUUUUAG